AUGACUACGAUUGAAAAAAUCGCGGAUGUCAAGAUGAGAGACCUUGACAAGCCAUUUUGGUUCAUUGGUAACAAUUUCAAAAGAUGGAAGGGUAAAGUACUUUUCUACUUAAGCCUUCUCAAUGUUUCUUAUGUGUUAACUGAGAAGAAUCCUAAUAAAGUUGAUGACACCUCCAUGGAUGACGAUGAACUUAUUUCUCAUUAUGAGAAAGUGGAAAAGUACGAUAGUGAAGAGGCAAGGGGCCAAGAUGCACUUUUACAAAAAGAAGAGAGCAACAUCACAACGAAGGCAAAUGUUACUGAAGAACCUAUUGUGGCGGUGAUUACUGACAUAAACAUGGUUGAGAGAGUUGAUGGAUGGUGGGCUGAUUCUGGUGCGAACCGUCAUUCUCAGCUUGUCGUUCGUUGCUCCUGGCUCCUCGCUGAGUGCUCAGCUGCUCGCAAGUCGCAGAUGACACAAAUUGGAAGUAGGGUAAGUGAAAGUGGGGCUUCAAAUGAGAGCACACCUAACACCUCAUCUCCCAAUGAGGUUGAAGUUGAUGUCGAUACUUCAAAGAAAAGGAAACUCAUGGAACCUAGAGCUACUUGUUGGAAGCAUUUUGACAAGUUCACCGAUGAAAGUGAAGCUAAGAAAACCAAAUGCAAGUAUUGUGCGAAACCUUAUGCAGCUUCUACAUCAAGUAACGGUACGUCGUCAAUGAAUACUCAUAUGAGAACAUGUCCUAAAUUUCCUCGCGACACCGUAGAUAAAGGUCAAAAUCUAAUUAAUUUUCUACCAUCUUCAAUGGGAGCAAAGGAAGGAGUGAUUAGCACUUGGAAAUUUGACCAAGCACAAAGUAGGAGAGCUUUAGCCAAAAUGAAAAUUGUUGACAAGCUACCGUUUAGUUUUGUUGAGAAAGAGGGCUUUAAAAACUUCAUGAGAGUUACAGUGCCACAAUUUCAUAUUCCUUCUAGUAGAACCGUGACAAGAGAUUGUUAUGAAUUAUACCUUGAAAAAAGACAACUUUUGAAGAAGGUUUUAAAAGAAGCACGUCCAAGAGUUUGUCUUACGACAGAUAGUUGGACCUCUAUACAAAAAAUCAACUACAUGUGUCUGACAGCCCACUUUAUAGAUAGAAAUUGGACUUUGCAUAAAAGAAUUAUAAAUUUUUGUCCUAGUUCUAGUCAUAAGGGCGGGGAUAUGGCGGCUUGCAUUACUAAUUGUUUGCUUGAAUGGGGUUUGGAUAAUGUGUUCACUAUUACAGUUGAUAAUGCUAGUUCUAAUGAUGUUACUAUGAAAGAAAUGUCUAAACAAUUGAGUAAUUGGGGAACUAACAUUAUGGAUGGUGACCAUCUUCAUGUGAGGUGUAUGGCACAUAUCCUUAAUCUUAUUGUGCAAGAUGGGUUGAAGGAAAUUGGUAAGUCUAUCAAGCUAGUGAGACAAGCCGUGAAAUACAUUAAACAAUCUCCCGCAAGAAUUCGAAAGUUCAAAGAAUGUUGUGAAUCUCAAUUGAUAACUUGUAAGAAAUCAUUAUGUUUAGAUGUUCCUAUUAGGUGGAACUCUACAUAUUUGAUGCUUGAUGUAGCACAACAUUUUGAGCUUGCAUUUGAAAGAUAUAGUUUUUAUGAUAUUGGAUACUUGAACCAUUUUCGUACCUUUGGUUCUAAUUCUUCUGAAGGUGAAGAUGGAACUAGUGCAAAAGAUGGAACUAGUGUAGAUAUUCUUACAAGUGUUGACUGGAAAAAUGUGAGGUCAAUGGUGAAAUUUCUUGAAACUUUUUAUGUACUUACUUUGAAGGUUUCUGGUUCUAAUUAUGUCACUAGCAAUACACACUUUGUUGAAAUUGUUGAACUUAAUCUUAUUUUGAAAGAGAUGAUGGAAAAUGAAGAUGGUAAUUUGAAAGAAAUGACAAAAAGUAUGAAGGAAAAGUUCAAAAAGUAUUGGGGUGAACCACAUAAAAUGAUCAAGAUGAUUUUUAUUUCAUCCGUGUUGGAUCCUCGUAACAAGCUUGAUUAUGUUCCAUUUGCAAUUGGGGAUAUGUUUGGAAAAAAAGUUGGGGAUGAGCUAUGUUCAGAAAUGAAAAAAUACAUGAACAAAUUAUUUGAUUAUUAUGUUGAGAAAUCCUCAAAAAGCUCUUUACAUGUACCAUCUUCACCCACUCCAUCUGACAACUCAUCAAUUAUAUCUAGUGUGAGUGGUUCUGGCAACUUUGUAAAUAGAGGAAGAAUGAGAACGAAACAACAAUUUGAGAAGCAUAAAGAAGUUAGUGGAAGUUCAAGUAGUAAAUCAGAAUUGGAAAGAUAUCUUGCUGAAGAUAUUGAGCCAAAUAGUGAUGGCUUUGAUAUAUUAAUGUGGUGGAAAGUAAAUGAGCCGAGAUUUCCUAUUCUCGCGGAGAUGGUUCGUGAUGUGUUAGCCAUUCCCAUUUCAAGUGUCGCAUCAGAAUGUGCAUUCAACACAGGAGGUCGUGUUCUUGAUCCCUUUAGGAGUUCAUUAACUCCUAAACUUGUGCAAUCUCUUAUUUGUGUUCAAGAUUGGCUUAGAAGUGAGCCUUUUCCAAUCAAUAUUGAGGAAAACUUAGAGUAUCUUGAGCAACUUGAACUUCGUAAGAUUUUGUCUACUGGCAGCUGGACGUUUCAGUUUAGUGGUGCUGCCGUGCUGGGCACAAGUUUUUGA